AUGAAGCUUUUAAGUUUAUUCUACAUAAGUAAGUUAGCUUGUGGUAUUUUGGUUAACCCAUUACCCAAACCAGUAUCAAUCGAAUGGAACGAUGAAGGGCAGAAGAAAUUCAACACUAAUAUUGAAUUAGUUAUGGAUAAAGAUGAUGAUAUAGUGUUUGAACAAUUCUAUAAGAUGAUUGAUACCAUCAAACUGUUGGAAUGGUUCCCUGCAGCAACCGAGAGCCCAAAAGCUGAAUAUCCACCAGUACCUACCGGACCUCCUAGUAAUUUGACAAAAAGACAAUCCGUGGAGAGUAUUGAUAAUGAAUUGGAUCAACUUAGAAUCAAGAUCAAUGAUAUGGAUGCAGAUUUACAAUUCGGAGUCAAUGAAAGUUAUCAUUUAGUGGUAUCAGAUAAUAUUUUGAUUGAGUCUGAAACCAUUUGGGGCUCUUUACAUGCCUUAAAGACUUUGCAACAACUAGUGAUUUAUGAAGAUGGUGAUUUCAAGAUUGAACUGGGGGUGGAAAUUUACGAUGAGCCCAUUUUAUCCCAUAGAGGAGUUUUGAUUGAUUCAGGUAGAAAUUUUUUAUCUCUUGAAGUUAUCAAAGAGAAUAUAGAUUUAAUGUCAUUAGCAAAAUUGAAUACUUUACAUUGGCAUUUAGAAGAUACUGCUAGUUGGCCCUUAGAAAUCAAAGCUUACCCUGAAAUGAUCUUGGAUUCUUAUUCUGCCAAAGAAUCUUAUAGUCAAAGUGAUAUCAAAGAAGUCAUCAAUUACGCUAGGAGAAGAGGUGUAAGAAUUUUACCUGAAAUCGAUUUACCUGGACAUGCAAAUGCCGGAUGGAAACAAAUCAAUGAAAGUUUGGUGACUUGUGGAAGUGGAUGGUGGUCAGCAAUAGCUGCCGAACCUCCACCAGGUCAAUUAGAUAUUUCUCAAGAUGAAACAUAUGAAAUGAUUGAAAAGGUUUUUGAUGAAUUGAAUGAGCUAUUCCCUGAUACAUAUUUCCAUGUUGGUCAUGAUGAAUUAAACCCAAGUUGUUAUAAUUUCUCAAGUUCAAUUUAUGAAUGGUAUGAAGAGAACAAUGGAACCUUUUAUGAUUUAGUUCAAUAUUGGGUGGACAGGUCCAUUCCAAUUUUCACCAAGAAUGAUUCAACAAGAUUGGUCAUGUGGCAAGAUAUUGUUACCUCUGAAAAUGCAACCAUUCCAAAAGAUAAGAUCUUGAUUCAAAACUGGUUAGGUUCAGAAAGCAUCAAAGAAAUGGCCAGUCAAGGUUAUGAUUUGAUUGUGUCCAGUUCUGAUCAUUAUUAUUUGGACUGUGGGUUUGGAGGCUGGGUCACCAAUAAUACCAAAUCUGCUGGAUCAUGGUGUGAUCCUUAUAAGAAUUGGCAAAAUAUCUACAGUUUUGACUUUUACGCUAACUUGACUGAUUCUGAAAAGGAUCAUAUCGUAGGAGCAGAAGUUGCUUUAUGGAGUGAAAUGGUGGAUUCGACCAACUUAAUUACCAAGAUUUGGUCUCGUAGUGCUGCAUUUGCUGAAGCCAGUUGGAGUGGUAAUAAAGAAAAUGAUGAGAUUAGAGUUUAUGAUUUAACCCAACGAAUUUUCAAUUACAGAGAAUAUUUGGUUGCCUUAGGUUAUGACGUCGACCCAUUGGCUCCUCAAUAUUGUUGGAAAAACCCCCAUUCUUGUGAUAUCUCUCUUGAAUAG